CCGCCGCCAUGUCUGAGGAAAAGAGAAACUCCGAGCUCGAAUUAGUGGUCACGGUCCUCUCCGCUGAGUCCCUCAAGCUCCCCUCCUCCCUACUCCUACCUCGCCACCGCCCCCGUCCUUACGUCAUCCUUUCCACCGCCUCCGCCAGCAGCAGCGGAGCCGAUGUCCGACAGUGGCCGCCGCCGCCGCCGCAGAUCCACGUCACGCAUGUCGAUGAGAAAGGCGGGAAAAAUCCCACGUGGAACGACACAGUUCGCAUCUCGGUGGACCCAGCUUUUUGUCUGCCUCGCCGCCGCCGCUGCAGCGGUGGCUGGGAAGAGGAGGAGGAUGACAGCGCAGCUAUCCACAUCAGCGUGUUGUCGAAGCGGAGAUUCAUGGACCCCACAGAGCUGGGAUGGUGUCAAAUACUGCCUUGCCACGUUGUCGAUGGGCUUCGGCCGCCGGGUUUGCCUCGAAGGUUGAGCUAUGCGUUGCGGUCGGGCCCGCAUGGUGGGCUGCAAGGGCUGAUUCACUUGAGCGUGCGAUUGGUUGGUUCCGUCGAACGGAUAGCUCCGCCUCCGCCGCCACCAUCGACGGUGGUGGCGCCACCGUCGGAAGAGGAAGGGUGGUGCCAGGUGGCGAUAGGGAUACCGGUGAGGACCGCAUUUUCCGGUGGAAGAAGGGGGCGUGGGGUGGACGUGGGGGUUUUGGUGGACACGUGGUGCGAAUGA